AUGCUGAACCUCAUGGCCGAUUCAUCGGGCUCGAACUCGAGCGCACCCGUUCGGUGGCAGUUCAUCGAUUCUUCCAACAACAGUCGCAGCAACCUGACCCAAGUCAAGCGCCAUGUCAUGCAAGAGUACAUGCGUCAGAAGAAAGGAGGUUCCAAACAAAGUGAUAGCGACGAGGAGCGUCCACAGCCAAAACGAGGGAGACCCAGGAAGACCCGGGCCAAACGCACGGGAAAGAAGGCCAAAUCAGAUAGUGACAGCAAUGAGCGCAACAAUCAGCAAAAAUCAACCAAAGAUGUGAUAUCAUCAGAAGAACCGGCCGAUGAAGAGAUUGUACGAGAUAUACUGGGUUCCGCGUCAAAUACCCAAUUUAGUGAAGCCAGCGAUGGCGCCUUGUUCCUCCCAUAUCGACCAUCACCCGAUUCCGAUGCCUUCUUCCCACCAGACUCAGACUCAUAUUUUUCUGGGACGCAUCAUACACAGAGCGACGCUCUAGAUUUCAAUGACUUUCUUUGGUCAUCUGCAGCGACGACACCCAGCCUACUCACGCAGUCACCAAAGUCCAUCAUGAGCGCUGCCCGGACUGACCCGUUUAAUACCCUGCCCAUCGAACUGGACCUCGAUGGGCAGAGACUGUUUGACUUUUAUGUGAAUACCAUGCCGGCUUGCUCUUACGGAUCCCAUUUCCGGACACCCAAGGCCCAUAACUGGUAUACAGCCGUUUUUGUACCAGAGGGCAUGAAAGGCGCCGUUGCUUUCCAAAACACCAUUAUUGUUCACGCGGCAAAUACCUGGUCCUGGGUCCGCAACGAGGGUCAGACUCCAAAUACACUCCUCCACCGAGAUCGUGCCGUCACAAUGCUUCGCGAGCAUAUUUCCAAUAACCCCCAAGACAUUUCCGACGUCGCUAUCAUCUCCUGUCUCAGCGCUGCUGCCCUGGAAGACUUUGAUCCGCGCCCAGGCCGCAAAGAGAUCAGCUGGAUUCAUAUGCGGGCUGCACGCGAGAUGAUCCGAGCGCGUGGUGGCCCUGCUGCAUUCGCCAACACCCGUCUCGGCAUGCUCAUCAACUGGCAAGAUUACAUCUUGUCUGGGUAUGAAACGAACGGACCAAGCUUCUUCUACGAGUAUGAACAACCUACGUUGCUGGAAGAUGUAUCAAAUCAGCCUUCUUCGUACUUCCACUCUAUGCCGUCACCCCCAUACUCCACCUCUUCUACUCACUCGGUCUCUCCGUGCCCUGAAACACGAACAAUCCCCCCCUCAAUAUCCCCAGUGGAGGAAAUCAGACUCCAAUGCGAAGAGUUCCUCGAUUUCCUUCGUCGCUGCGAGCAACUCGCCCUAUAUCAACGCGACAAUCCCGACUCUCUACACAUCGCCCGACAAUCCAUAAUCCAACCGACGUGUCUCCUCCAUGAAAUCCUCGCAGCGCCCCCCGGUGCCAGAUUCUCUACAUCGGGCGACCGCAAACAGAUGGUCGCUCGCCUAGCUGCGCUCAUGAUUCUCAACGCAGCUAUCUGGGACUAUCGAUAUACCCCAGCACGUGCAGGGCUCUUCCUCGCCACGCUCGAGAAGGCCAUGAUCGACAGCGAGGUCGGAAUGAGUGGCUCUGUGGAAGCCAUUCUUCAAAUAUUGCUUGAGUGCAAUGAUGGUAAUAUUGAAGAAUGGCCAUCUGGUUUCUACGAUAUUUCCUCCUCACUGGGAGAGGAUGUCCCGGAUUACUCCCAGUAUUCUCCAACAUCGACUUCGCCUUCUGCGCGCCCAUGGUUCGCUGGUCGAAUGCUCAAGAUUGCUAAACGGCUGCGCUCUGAGACUUGGUAUCGCGUUAGUGAGUUUUUGUUUUCGUGCUUGACUUUGCAGGUUCAAGAGUCAAGUAUGGUGUUUUGGGAGGCGGAGCUUCGGCAGGAGAUUCUGGAUGCGCCAUUGACAAGUUAUCAUAUGCGCUCAUUGAUUGAAUGA